UACGCCGGAAUUGGAUGGGUCAUUUGGAGAACCAAAGAGGAUUUGCCUGAAGAGCUGAUUUUCCACAUAAAUUACCUCGGAGCGGAUCAACCCACCUUCACUCUCAACUUCUCCAAAGGGUCAAGCCAAAUCAUCGCUCAGUAUUACCAACUAAUCCGCUUGGGUUUCGAGGGGUACCAGAACGUGAUGCAGAAUUGUCACGACAACGCAAUGGUGCUGAAGGAAGGGCUUGAAAAAACAGGAAGGUUCAGCAUAGCGUCGAAGGACAUGGGGGUGCCAGUGGUGGCAUUCUCUCUGAAAGACAGAAGCCGGCACGACGAAUUCGAGGUGUCGGAAAUGCUGCGACGGUUCGGGUGGAUCGUACCGGCAUACCCAAUGCCAGAGGGGGCGAAGCAUGUGUCGGUUCUUCGCGUGGUGAUCAGAGAAGACUUCUCGCGCACGCUAGCAGAGCGGCUGGUGCUUGAUAUCGUGAAAGUGUUGGCGGAGCUUGAUACUCUGCCACCCAAGAAUGGUGCAAAAUCGAGAAGCUUGGAAGAUGGGAACAAGGAGAAGGCAGAGGAAGCAGGGAGGGAGAUAGCGAGUUAUUGGAGGAAUAUAACCAUGGCUAGGAAGAUGAAGCUUGCUGAGACUCAAGCUGGUCCUUCAGUAACAGUCAUUGCCAAAUAAGAAAGAGGACACUCUGCAAUUUUCGAUGGGUUUAAAUCCAAUCAAAAGAAAAUAACAUUUUUUUCUUUCCAUUUAUGAAAUUUUGAGAUUGAAGUUUAUAUGAGUUGUAUUGUAAUUUCCUUUUUCCUCUUAUGGUAAUGUAAUGAGUUCUUAAAUGGAACAAUUAAGUAA